GCAAUACGAACUACGAAUUCCUUCAUUACUGUAGAUGAGAUAAGCUACUCUUCUGGGCAGUUUGAGAAGAACUUCGGCUUCAGGGAGAUGAACGAAGAAAUAAGAGAUAAGAAUGAUCGCAGAAUCAAUCAAUGCCUUGGCUUCGUGUCUUCCUGAGAUUGUGGUACCUUCACUUUUUCUCAUUUUAGGCCUUUCCUCUUUCACGUUUGAUUUGGGGACUGAACCAAGAUGCAUUGCUGGAUUCCCAAUUCUCACACCGAAUCAUCGUUCCCUGGGAAUUUUAGGCUGCUUGAGGAGCUUGAACGUGGGGAGAAAGGCGUACGGAAUUGAUGAUGGUGAUGAUCUGUGCAUGUGUUCCUGGACUGGAACUAUAAUUAGUCCGCAUAAUCAUCUACUGUUCAAGGAUUACAAAUCAGCGCACAAGUGAUACGAAGAGAUGACCAAGUAUUUUUCAGCAUGUUCUUUGAGAACCACUCCCAUAUUGCACUUGAUGGCUUCAUGAUUCAGUUCAAUAAGAACACUUUUGGUCUUGCUGCUGCUGGACAGCUUCAGGUGUUAACUCCCCUUCCUUUUUUUAACUGGGAAGUUUUUGUUUUCUCUUUUGAGUUAUGCUUUCAUUCAUUUGCCCUCCUAUCUUGUUCUUGAAGUGAACAAGUGUGUGUCCAAUAGGUGCCGCAAUUACAACUAGGGACAUCUCCAAGCACUCUGCUGCCAAUGGUGUUAUUCUUGAAUCUUUCUCCAGGCCCCCUACCCCGCUUUUGCAAGAGUCACAUGAUAAGAUCUCAUUUCGCGUCUUCUUUAUUGAGGAUGGGAAAAUGGAGCGUUCAAGUUAUCUAGCAAAGUUACUGAUGUAAAAGCUAGCUGUAUUGGUGACUAUAAUAUUUCUCUAUCUAUUAUUAGAUAGAGAAAUUCUAAAUAUAAUGCAAAGCCGACUUUUUAAAUCCUGUUAUGCAGUUCAACCCUGCAUUUUUUGCAACUUUUUCUGAUGCUUCUAUGAUUUACUUUUAUAAAAAAUUAUUAUUGCAGAUUUUUUCAUAGAUUCAUCAUUAUGCAAUGCACUUUAAUGGUGCAGACAUGGAAAUCAUUACCUGAUUCAAAUGAGAUCUCCAGGGACUUUCCGGGGGUUGCUAUAAAUAGUGUUGAUGCAACCAUUGAGCAUUUAGCUACAUCCAACAUAUUAUUUUUCAUUGCCAAGAGGAAGCAUGCCAACCAGGGGGUGCUGUAUCUUGCUACAAAGAUCCCUCGGGGAAUCCCUUUUUUGAUUGAGCUGACAGUUGUCAUCGAGAUUCAGGGACUUAGAUGUGCAAUGAAGAAUUGAAGACUCCUACCCCAGAUAUGGCUCCUUGUUUUUUUAAAAACUCUGACGCUCUCAAGAGUUAUUAACAAUUUAUGUACGUACAAGCUUCUUAUGGGUUAUUUUAAAAUACAAUGUAACAGCUGAUACUUUAUGGGUUAUUUUGCAAUGUCACAAGCUUCUUCUUCACGAGAUGAGUAGGGAACUCUCUGGAAUCCCAAUAAUGGGUUUGGUGGACUGGUGCAAUGACACAAUUUUAAAUUACUUCUAUGAUGGCACUACUGCUUCCACUUGAGCAACACACAUACUUCAUUUGCAUCUUCUUCCAAAAUGAUUUUUAGGAACCCAGCUGGCCUGGCCAUAUUGUGUACAUUCAAAUAUGGAAGCAUAGGGAUGGGCCUGGAAGCCUUUCGAUAUGGUGACCUUUUUGCCUUUUCAUUAGAUUUGGUGUCAGAACAAUCUGUUUGAUCGAAUAGGAUUUGAUUUGGCUUUCACCCCAAUCUAACAGCUUGCAAUGUAAAAUGGUUGGGAUUGCAAAAGGAUGACAUAGAGAAACUGGUACCGGAAAAAUCAUUAGUCCCAUGAACCUAGCCACUAGAUGUUGUUGACUAGUGAAUUCAUUUGGUUAAGGACAAUUACAAAGAAGAAUUGGCAUUCAUGGUUGAGCAUGAGAUUGAAGCUCUCUACUUCCAUGGAUUGUAUUUGAAAUUAUACUUCAGUAGUUCAGUGUAUUACAUUGUUUUUCAUUUUGAUUCUGUCACACUCAAGUAUAAAUGUCUCAUCAUUAAAGUAUACCAAAUUAUUUAAAAAAGAUUCCAAUUAUUUACCAUAUUGAUAAUACACAGUUAAUACAUAAAGAUUAAUUAAUUGUUUUUUAAAGUAAAAAAGUUAAUUAAUCUUUAUGUAUUUCGUAUACAUAGUGAGCAUUGACAUACGUUUCGAUUUGAUUGAGUAGGUUCUCUCCAUGGGUCGAACAAUUUGGUUCCUUUAAGUGUUUAACAAUUCUUUCUUUGUUUUCCC